AUGGUGACGAAACGCAAAGCACCAGAGCCGGGCUUACAGAGGCGUGUCAGGCCUAGACGUGAGUUGAGCGAGGAGCCCGAACAGAUUGAGGCCGAACUCGCCGAGGAAUUUGAUGAAGAUGACGAGGACGAGGAGGAGCACCACAACUCUGGAGCCGGUGAUGCGGCUGACAAUUACUAUUCCGAAGAUUCAGAUGCAGCGUCCAGGGGAGAUGUCGCCUCCAUAUCCUUCGGCGCAUUAGCAAAAGCGCAAGCAUCUCUCGAACCUGGUAAAAAGAAGCGGCUCGCAACUUCCGAGGCGGAUACAUGGGAGAACAAUGAAGCCAAGGAACGAAAGGCUGGCCGUCAAGAUCACCGCGACUUCAACCGGUCGAGCAAGCAUGCACCUACAGAGAUAUCUAGCAAGAAAGCCGUAUCCCGGAAACGUGAAGUCAUACCCACAGUCAAACGAGCAUAUCGAGACCCUAGAUUCGAGGCCGUAGUGGGACCAGUCGACGAUUCCAAAGUCAACAGGGCGUAUUCCUUCCUGGAGGACUAUCGAGAGGACGAAAUGAAGGAACUGAGGGCAGCAAUUAAGAGCACGAAGGACGAGAAUGCGAAGGAGAAUUUGAAGCGGGCGUUGCUGAGUAUGGAGAGCAGGAAAAAGGCACAAGCGAGGAAGAAUAAGGAGCGAGAGAUUCUGGACAGGCAUCGUAAGCAGGAGAAGGAGCUUGUGAAGCAAGGUAAACAGCCUUUCUAUCUAAAGAAGGCGGAGCAGAAGAAGCGAGUAUUGCUGGAUAUGUUUGGUGAGCUUAAAGGCGGACGGCUGGAUCAUGUCAUCGAGCGGAGAAGGAAGAAGUUGGAGGGCAAGGAGAAGAAGAAAAUGCCAUUUGCGAGGAGGAACGUCGAGUAG